AUGGCGGCCAUCAAGCUCCCCAUUGUCGUGAUCGCCCAUCUUCUUCUGCCAACUCGCGGUUGGGAGAGUGUGGCCGAUCAGGUGGCGUCCGACGUGCAGUUGAUCCAGACUCGCGUCUACGACCAGGGUUUCGACGUGCCAGCGCAUGGAUCGACUGGCUGUGUUGACAAUGAUUCUGGCGCUGUCGAGCUUGCAAAAGAUCAUGCGCGUGUGUCUGACGUCAGUGGUUGUUCGGAUGUCGGUCCGUACUGUGCAGACGCGAACUUGUCGAGCCAAGUUCUUGCAGUGUGCUGCGCGACUUGCAGCGAGGGGCCCGAACCAGAGCCGGACGUGGUGCAUUGCCAAGAGCAUUCUGAUUGCCAGUCUUCGGAAUUUUGCUAUGAUGGUACGUGCGACAGCUGCAGCCAGUGUCAGUUCUGCUCCGAUGCUGCUUACGUCGACGAAUGUGGGCACUGCGGGCCAGGGUUCCCAUCGCAUGAGACGACUCCCUGUCACUCCCAUGAAUACGUGGUCAACAAGGGGUCGCUUACGGUGACGCAUGCAUGGAAAAAUCUAUCUUCAGACGAGCAGCUGCUCUUUCUCGAAAAGAAGUUCGGCGAGCUCGACAAAGAUCAGUCUUUGACCCUGGACGUGGACGAGCUAGUGGGCGCCUUAAUCGGACAGGACCUCGUCGCGAUCGAAGCCGCCAACGGCACGCUCAACACCCCCUUUGACCAAGUUUUACUUCCCAGGGCUUCGGUGGAAGAGUUUGUGGAGAAGCACAGCGCCCACGGCAGUGCGUUCUUGACCCUCGACGAGUGGCUCGCCACAACUCCUCAGCUGGCACAGCGUCGGCGUCGUUGGUGGGAUGUCGUCGUGGAUGUGGUAGACACGGUCGUCGAUGUGGUCGUGUGCACUGUGAGUUGCGUCACCAACUGCGUGUGGUCGUGUUUCACCGAAGCAGUGGAGUACGUGUACACGUGCGUGGUCGACACUGUCGUGAAUGUACUCAUGAGCUUUGGAGAAUGUCUGUCAGCUGUGGUGAACGCCGUCAACGACGCGGUUGGUGACAUGUGCGGCUUUGAUCUCAUCCCCACAGGAGUUAUUGGCGUGUUCAGGUACAUAGCUUCAGGACGGAUGCUCGAUGACCUCAUUAUUGUAGGUGACAAUCUCCUUACCAAUCUUCAGACGAGGCUGGAAGCAGUGUUCUGUGACGAAGGCGACUUUACCAUCACAUUGGGAGUCGACCUCCAGUUCGGAUAUGCAGUUCUUGGAAUCAAGGCUCAGGCUGGAUGCCUCAAUGGAAGAUUCGCGGCCAAGAUUGUCGGCUUUGCUACGGGCAGAAUUUCCAUCUUCGGUGCGCCGUACAAGUGGGAGCCAAGUGCCUCUGCGUUCUUCAGUAUCGGUUGUACGGCGGGGCCAUCCAGCACGGAGUGGUCGUACUGGGAGUCGUCUCUGAACGGCAUCUUGGCGUUCGAUAUUUUCACUGUGACGGUUUUUCUUUGCCACUUCUACCGAGCGAAGACUCCGAUCGCCAUCUCUGUCACGAAGAAUUUUUGCUUCACCUGUGACGAUUUCGGAUCGGAGCCUGCCUGGGUCACGGGCCUCUCCAACAUGGCUCAGAAGUUCUCCUGCGCUGUGGGCCAGGCGAUGGCGGGAGCCUCCUGGGGUGCACUGAGCCUCACCCAGUGCUUCGCCCGGGUGACGCAGUGGGAGGCGGCCGGGAAUUACUGCGAGUACUUGUACUCCGACUCGCCGAACGAUGGGUCCGGCAGCCUGGGGACCACGUGCGCCUGUAUGCCGCCGAAUGCGAUGACUUCCGGGGCUUGCUACGCAGCGGUUGGAACCAGGGCCAGCGAGGGGUCUACUCAGUUCGUGACCUACAGGCAUCAGAGGCUGACUUGCGAGACUGGGAGCGGAGCGGCAUGCAAGACUUGUGUCACGCCGCAGGACCGAGUGGUGAGAGAUCAGUGUGAGACCUGCAACGACGGCCAUAUACUGCUCGGCUACGUGUGCUCGCCCGACGCCAUCUCCGACGACAAGCCCGACGGCAAGCCCGACGCCAUCUCCGACGCAGUAUCCAACGCCGAGCCCGACGGCAAGCCCGACGGCAAGUCCGACGCGGACCCCGACCCCGACGCCGAGCCCGACGCCAAGCCCGACACCGUUGCCACCCGGCUUCUCGUUGUCUCCGACCCCGAGCCCGACGCUAACUGCGACGAUGGCUGUGGCUACUUCGACCUUGCAAAUUCUACGUGUGACGGCUGCAAUGGUUGCUGGCACGGCGGCCUGUGUGGUUGCAGUACAGAUUCCUCGACUUGGCUUUACUAUCGGGCAUUCGGUCUCUCGUGCUCGAAUGCAACGGGCAGCUACCUGUCCAAUCACGCAAAGAUUGCUGGCGAGUACUCCGCGGAGGAAUCUCUUCCAGACGGCGUGACUGCGGAGGACCUCAUGAGUUCCACGACCUACGUGUCCGCGAAGAAGACUGGUCUGGCUAAUGCUCUGAAUGUGCCCGUUUCCGACGUUGAGAUCACGGGCUUCGCCAUCUCGACCCAUCCCGAUCGGUUCCCCGCUGCUGUCCGCCAGCUCUCGCGGGACUCGCACGUUACCGUGACCACGAGCUUCACGGUGGAGAUCGUCGGCAGCAAGAGCGCCGCGUCCCUCACCGCCGCGAUCGCUGCAAUGUCUGCCACCAUUGAGGCCGAGACGAACGAAGCUAUGGCUGCGUCUGACUGGAGUACUGAACCGGUCAUCACUGUGGCUCCUACGCUGACGGCUCCUUCCGUGGGCGCAGCGGGUUCGACUGCGGGCGUCACCUUGGUGGCGUCCGACGUGCAGUUGAUCCAGACUCGCGUCUACGACCAGGGUUUCGACGUGCCAGCGCAUGGAUCGACUGGCUGUGUUGACAAUGAUUCUGGCGCUGUCGAGCUUGCAAAAGAUCAUGCGCGUGUGUCUGACGUCAGUGGUUGUUCGGAUGUCGGUCCGUACUGUGCAGACGCGAACUUGUCGAGCCAAGUUCUUGCAGUGUGCUGCGCGACUUGCAGCGAGGGGCCCGAACCAGAGCCGGACGUGGUGCAUUGCCAAGAGCAUUCUGAUUGCCAGUCUUCGGAAUUUUGCUAUGAUGGUACGUGCGACAGCUGCAGCCAGUGUCAGUUCUGCUCCGAUGCUGCUUACGUCGACGAAUGUGGGCACUGCGGGCCAGGGUUCCCAUCGCAUGAGACGACUCCCUGUCACUCCCAUGAAUACGUGGUCAACAAGGGGUCGCUUACGGUGACGCAUGCAUGGAAAAAUCUAUCUUCAGACGAGCAGCUGCUCUUUCUCGAAAAGAAGUUCGGCGAGCUCGACAAAGAUCAGUCUUUGACCCUGGACGUGGACGAGCUAGUGGGCGCCUUAAUCGGACAGGACCUCGUCGCGAUCGAAGCCGCCAACGGCACGCUCAACACCCCCUUUGACCAAGUUUUACUUCCCAGGGCUUCGGUGGAAGAGUUUGUGGAGAAGCACAGCGCCCACGGCAGUGCGUUCUUGACCCUCGACGAGUGGCUCGCCACAACUCCUCAGCUGGCACAGCGUGCUGCCCCCCAGAAGGCGCUGCGUGGGCCUUCGUGCACCUUCGAGAGUAUCUUCUCACUUCCCAGCACCUGCUCGGAAACACAAUGGGUAGACAAUUGCGGGAAUUCUUGCAAUAACGCUUGUACCAGUUGCCCGAGAUUGGCGCAUGCGAACUCGAGCGCUGUUGCGCGAGUUUCGCGAGAUUCGGGCUCCGUUGUGCGAACGACUCAAGAGCUUGAGUUCUGGGGCGGGAGGCGUCGGCGUCGUUGGUGGGAUGUCGUCGUGGAUGUGGUAGACACGGUCGUCGAUGUGGUCGUGUGCACUGUGAGUUGCGUCACCAACUGCGUGUGGUCGUGUUUCACCGAAGCAGUGGAGUACGUGUACACGUGCGUGGUCGACACUGUCGUGAAUGUACUCAUGAGCUUUGGAGAAUGUCUGUCAGCUGUGGUGAACGCCGUCAACGACGCGGUUGGUGACAUGUGCGGCUUUGAUCUCAUCCCCACAGGUUGUUCCGGCGUCUGGGAUUGCAUUUCGGAGGGGGUGAGCAACGCUCUCUCAUUUUUCGAGUGUGGAUUCUCGAUACUCUUGGAUAUACUCGAGAACAUGGUCAUGGCAAAUCUUCGCUGUCUGCCGAACAUCGCCGACGGCAUCAGGGCUGCCCUAUUCCCUCCCGAAGCGAUAAUUGCUACUACAGUGUUCGAGGCUUUGUGGAAUUUCGGCGAGAGGGUCGUGAACGGGAUCUACUCAGAAGCUGCGGCUGUGAGCAUCGACUUCUGCUGGAAUUCAGCUCCCACCGCCGAAUUCACUGACUGUGGUGCCUUCGAUUUCGUCAGCAGUAUGACUAUUUGGGACGUGCUUGACGUUUUCGGGAUGGCCCAACGAUUCGCGGAUACCGUGGCGAAGUUCACCAAUUGCCUCACGAAGACUACAAGCCUCCCUGGGCUUAGUUUCGGCAUCCCCACUCCCUUCCUGAAAGUUGAUUGGACAGGAGGCUCGUGGUGUGCGCCAAGCUUUGUCCAGACUGCGGCCAAAGGAGUUAUUGGCGUGUUCAGGUACAUAGCUUCAGGACGGAUGCUCGAUGACCUCAUUAUUGUAGGUGACAAUCUCCUUACCAAUCUUCAGACGAGGCUGGAAGCAGUGUUCUGUGACGAAGGCGACUUUACCAUCACAUUGGGAGUCGACCUCCAGUUCGGAUAUGCAGUUCUUGGAAUCAAGGCUCAGGCUGGAUGCCUCAAUGGAAGAUUCGCGGCCAAGAUUGUCGGCUUUGCUACGGGCAGAAUUUCCAUCUUCGGUGCGCCGUACAAGUGGGAGCCAAGUGCCUCUGCGUUCUUCAGUAUCGGUUGUACGGCGGGGCCAUCCAGCACGGAGUGGUCGUACUGGGAGUCGUCUCUGAACGGCAUCUUGGCGUUCGAUAUUUUCACUGGAACGGUUUCUUUGCCCCUCUAUCCAGAGCCGAAGCUCGAGUUUGGCUAUUCGUUCUCGCUCAAACUCUGGCCCCAACCAGCCCCUCCCCCUCGCCUGUCGGAGGGGGAGUUCAACAAGACAUCGCUGCUGCCGGCGCUGCGCCUCCUCUCUGGGGCUACGUCCGACCCCAGUUUCGGCGAAAACGUCAAGAGCAAGUUUCCAGACCCCAAGCCGAUCCUCGAGGGAGCCCGCAACGGCUCGCUCGAGAGGUCCAGCAUGAACAGGAGUGCCGGUGACCUCGCCGGCAGGAUCGCCAUCUCUGUCACGAAGAAUUUUUGCUUCACCUGUGACGAUUUCGGAUCGGAGCCUGCCUGGGUCACGGGCCUCUCCAACAUGGCUCAGAAGUUCUCCUGCGCUGUGGGCCAGGCGAUGGCGGGAGCCUCCUGGGGUGCACUGAGCCUCACCCAGUGCUUCGCCCGGGUGACGCAGUGGGAGGCGGCCGGGAAUUACUGCGAGUACUUGUACUCCGACUCGCCGAACGAUGGGUCCGGCAGCCUGGGGACCACGUGCGCCUGUAUGCCGCCGAAUGCGAUGACUUCCGGGGCUUGCUACGCAGCGGUUGGAACCAGGGCCAGCGAGGGGUCUACUCAGUUCGUGACCUACAGGCAUCAGAGGCUGACUUGCGAGACUGGGAGCGGAGCGGCAUGCAAGACUUGUGUCACGCCGCAGGACCGAGUGGUGAGAGAUCAGUGUGAGACCUGCAACGACGGCCAUAUACUGCUCGGCUACGUGUGCUCGGCCUACACGUUGUACAGAUCGGGGACCGCGUCCCUCGUCGCCAAUGAGGUCGGCACUGCGCAGUGCCCGCCGAUAUCCAACGCCAAUCCCGACGCCAAACCCGACGCCGACCCGACGGCAAGCCCGACGGCAAGUCCGACGCGGACCCCGACGUCUGCGCCCACCUACCCUCCCCUUGGGGACGUGCAUGCAUCAGGUACUUGUAGCUGCUCCAGCCCCCCCUGCGGAUGUAAUUGUUGGGAUUGCACAGAAGAGCGUCAAGCUGCUGGAUGUUGCAGCUGCAAGGAUGGGGGGAGUUGUGGUUAUGGCGAUACGAUGACUUUGUGCGACGGCUGCAUGGGUUGUUGGUAUAAGGGCAAAUGUGGUUGCAGUACAGAUUCGGUGACUUGGCCCUUCUAUGAUGUGUUCGGUCUCACGUGUUCGAGUGAUGCAGGCAGCUACCUGUCCUACCAUGCAGUGCCACCGACCUCAAGCCCGACGCCGAGCCCGACGCCAAGCCCGACACCGUUGCCACCCGGCUUCUCGUUGUCUCCGACCCCGAGCCCGACGCUAAGCCCAACGCGAAACCCCACGCCAAGCCCGACGCUAUCCGAAACUCAGAAAACUUGCGGCUGCUCGAACCCACCAUGUGGUUGCAAUUGUUGGGAUUGCACAGCAGCGCGUAAAGCUGCUGGAUGCUGCAGCUGCGACGAUGGCUGUGGCUACUUCGACCUUGCAAAUUCUACGUGUGACGGCUGCAAUGGUUGCUGGCACGGCGGCCUGUGUGGUUGCAGUACAGAUUCCUCGACUUGGCUUUACUAUCGGGCAUUCGGUCUCUCGUGCUCGAAUGCAACGGGCAGCUACCUGUCCAAUCACGCAAAGAUUGCUGGCGAGUACUCCGCGGAGGAAUCUCUUCCAGACGGCGUGACUGCGGAGGACCUCAUGAGUUCCACGACCUACGUGUCCGCGAAGAAGACUGGUCUGGCUAAUGCUCUGAAUGUGCCCGUUUCCGACGUUGAGAUCACGGGCUUCGCCAUCUCGACCCAUCCCGAUCGGUUCCCCGCUGCUGUCCGCCAGCUCUCGCGGGACUCGCACGUUACCGUGACCACGAGCUUCACGGUGGAGAUCGUCGGCAGCAAGAGCGCCGCGUCCCUCACCGCCGCGAUCGCUGCAAUGUCUGCCACCAUUGAGGCCGAGACGAACGAAGCUAUGGCUGCGUCUGACUGGAGUACUGAACCGGUCAUCACUGUGGCUCCUACGCUGACGGCUCCUUCCGUGGGCGCAGCGGGUUCGACUGCGGGCGUCACCUUGGCUCCCACGCCAGUUCCCGUCAUCAUUGGGGCCAGCAUGGGCGCCGU